AUGAACAACUCCACGACAAAUCUUCAAAUCGGCCAAUCAGAGUGUUUUUCUGCUGUCCCUUCUACCGUCUUCACAGUCGCUCUUUCAGUGAUCACUGUUGUAGCAUUUUCAGGAAACUUCCUCCUAAUUGCAGCCUUCCUCAGAGCUUCAAACCUGAAAACAAGUUCUAAUUGGUACAUUAUCAACAUGGCCAUUUCGGAUGUGAUAAGCGUGCUCCUUAAUUGGCCGCUCUAUGCUACGGAAGGGAUGUUAAAGCCUGGAGGAAGCUUAAUUACUAAUCAAGCAAUCGCUACCUUUUUCUGCAAGUUGGGAAUUUAUUCUAGAGCUGUAUUGUACGUGGUGUCGAUUGAGAGCUUGGUGUUAAUAUCUGUUGAUAGAUUCAUUGCGAUUGUGUUUCCACUAAAGGCCAUAAAGAUCACUGCCAGGGUUCGGAAAAUUCUUCUUCUUUUAAGCUGGCUUUUUCCUGUGUGUGGUGCCAUACCAUACUUUUAUCAUUCUAAAAUCUUACUCGAAGGGAGACAGACGUUUUGUAGAAACUUUAUGAACACGUUACUUUUUAAAGUGUAUCAAUUCGCAAGUUUCAUUUUAUUUUAUUUUGCACCUCUGGUUGUACUAUUAGUUGUUCAUUAUAUUGGUUUUGAGCAUCUAAAGAGGCGACUCGUGUUUGAAAUCAGCAGUAAUGAAGGCAGCACACAUGCACUGAGAUCCAAAGAAAACCAGAACAUUUUGAAAAUCUUUCGAGCGGUGACUUUGGGAUUUUUCAUGUGCUGGACGCCUCUUUAUAUUUAUUUGAUUCUAAAAUCGUCACAUCCAACAAUUGUUCUGAAUGACAAAUGUCUUUUAUUUAUUGGUUUGUUAUACUAUGUAUUUCCAUUGAUCAGUACAGCAGUCAACCCAUUUAUUCUGAUUUCACUUAGUUCUAAUUAUCGUGCAGCCGUAAAAGACGUGCUCGCUAAAUGUUUUGCUGUCUUUAAGUGUCGCAGCAACAAAAUUUAUAGUACAGAACAAGUCAUAGACCUUCGAUGA